AUGCCAAAUCAUACCCAUACGGAUUCUCGCACACAGACCCGUCCCUCCCGCAACGGUAGGGGUCGUAGACAGGAGUCGGAAAAUCAGAAUACCGACAGACCAGGAUCACAUGCCUCAGACAACACUCAACAGAAUCCUACACUUGAGUGGAACACCAGUGUCUGGGCAGACAUCACCAAAGAGCUCAAUGAGCAAAGGAUAAGGAAUCCCGGAGGUGAAAGGCACUGUACUGCAACCCAAAGUACUGCUGGUGUUGAUGAUAGCACUCAAAGCACAACUCCCGGGGAGGUCCCCUUGUUACCGGAGGAGGGGUUCGCUCUCCAAUUUGACAAUCAGGAGUAUUACCCUUUGACAACUCAGGACAGUGUUGGUCAUUCAAUCAGUGAUAAUGGACAGGGUAAUCACGAAGCCCAAAGCGGUUGGGAGUCUGACGACACCCUGUGGUAA